AUGGAACCACAGACCCGGGAGUCUCCGCCACCAACCGAGACUUGCACCCACAGGGUUCGACACGCCGAGAGUGAGACCAACAAUCCUCAAACCCCGGCUACCGAUACCGAACUUACCACUACUCCAACUCCGACGGAGCCGAUCUCGGUUUCUGUCCCGGCCCUCCGAUUUCCCCGACCUCAGGGAAGCCAGAUCCUCGCCAACUGGGUUUCUAACAGUGCCCCAGACAUUCGGCAACCGCUCGGCAUGUCGGACGCCGGCAGCCUGGCCGAUUCGGCCUACGAAAUUAUCACCGACACCGAAAGCCAAGAUGACCGCUUGACCGAGUCGACCUGCUCGCUUUCGGUUUCCCGUCCCGAUGACGUCCAGAGCCUAGAUGGGUCGGUCGACCAGUAUAACAGCGACUCUGAUGAAGAUUCCGACCAGGUUUCUCAUGCCUCCUCGAUACGUUACGCCGAUCAAUCCUUACAAAACCCGUCCACCCAGCGCUCUACAGGCAGCCUGGAACAUGGCUCGUCGUCCACCGAGGGUUCCGGCGUCGUCAUUCAGUCUAUCCAGUUUCGGGAAGUGCAGGACGAAGAAGAUCCAGUAUUGCCAGAGGUUAUAUACGCCCAACACCCCACAUGGGAGUUCGACGAGGAGGAAUCAACCUACAUCACGCGACAGCUGGGCCUGUUCGAUGCCCCGAAGUAUUGGAAUGCGUCGAUCCGCCAAACUAUGGCCCAGGGCUACCUCACGACCGAUGAGCCGUUGAGGGUGCUCUAUGUAGGCCGCGCCGAAGCGCAGAGAAGCAUCGUUCUCAAGAUAUGCAAUGCCAUCUGGGCUUCACCAUAUUCCAAGGACCGAGACCACCUCAGCCGCCACCGGGACGGCGUGUACAACAUUGUCCCCAUCUCCUCGUUCGGCCCCGCUCCCGAACUGGACUUGAUGGAGGCUUCUCAGUACCAAAUAAAGGUCGAGCAUUGCACCUCAGCCGAGGAGAUCGUAUACGAAGAUGGCGUACUCCCGGGCGAUGCUACCGCCUCUCUCACUAUUGACCAGGAUAAGACAUACCGGUCUCUGUCAUACCCAACAGGUUCCGUGGUUGAGCCAAAGUGGAAUGUGCCCCACAUCGCCAUCUUCUACUGCUCGUCGGAGGACGACGAGGAGGCCGACGGAGCCAAGACUGCUGCGUGGUCGUUUAUGCAGCGCCAUGGCGUGCCAUGCAUGUUCAUUGCGGAUCACCAGGACUUCUGCAACCUUAACUGGGGCCAGUAUAUCGACGAGGAUUCUAUCCAUCUCAGUUUGGAGUCCGCGGAUCCAAACGAUCUUGUCGUCCCUCAACGCUUCCCGAUAGACUUUGCGUCGUUUGCGGACAUCGACGCCGGGCAGAUGAACCGCAACCUCGCUUACCUGACCGGCCUGGGAGAAAUCGAGGAGACGCUAGGGGGAGUCACAAGGCGGAUCAGGGACUGGGCGGAUCCGAGCCUGACGAUGGAGUUGGUCCAGCCGUUCAAGGCCUUCAAAGAAAGGCUCCACAAGUUGGAGGAGGUGGGACUACGGGUUCUAUCACUACUACCUAUGCUCUUGCUGCUGGUGGCUCCGUUUAUUGCCCUCCCUUUGGUCAAUUGGAUGUGGUCGGGAAGUCUAAGCACACUUGGGCCGGCAUCAGCCCCUUCUGCCGAUGUUUGUGUCUCGUCGCCAAGCUACCCCGAACUCACGACCAGCGGGAUAGUCACGGCAGCGACCUCUACUACAACGGUCGUGAUCAACGUGACUUCGACCCAGACUGUCCAGGUUAGCCAGACUCAGCCAUCAACUAGUGCUUUGGCCUCUGUGCUCUCUUUUGCCGGCUUCCUCUCUGACAAACCGUCGGCCGUGCCCGCCGAUAUUGAGACCAAGAACAAGCAACCCGCUAAUGCGAACAAGAUGGCGUGUGCGGUGCAUAUUUAUAGCCCGACAGAGAUUCUGGUCGCCAUCCCAAGCCGGAACAAGGCCGUAUGGCUCGCCCAGGGAGCGAUCGAUAUUGCGGUUCGGCGCAGAGAUGCCACCAUCAAGACAAAGAUAUCUUCGGUUGACGAAGGUAUUCUUGUUGAGCUUGACCGGAAGGAUGCCUAUGGUGUUUUGAAUAUCACGGUUAUCACUACCCGGCGACCAAAGGUCAACGAGACUUUCGAGAUUGAUUUUGGACGGUCGGCAGCUGGUGAAGUCUUUGAGGCUGGGUUGAACCUGGUCCAGGGUGCUCUCAAGAUGGUCCCAUUCGCGGACGACGCCACUUCCUUACUCGAGAAUGCCCGGAAAUUACGUCAAGAAAUCCGGAAACUUCCUCGCGAAGUUGUCUCAUCGCUAGAACAGGCGUCGGAAGCCGUCCGCACCCGUACCAGCGACACUGUCAAGCAGACCGCACACAACGCUCGUGAACAGUUGGCCAACCAGGCCAGAUCGGUCGAAGCCAUCCGUAAGGAGAUUGACCUUUCUGUUCUUCAGGCCCAAGUCGCCUCGAAGCUUUGGUGGUUGCGGGUGCAGGGGAAGAUGGAGGAGUAUGCAGCAUAUCAGCGGAAUGCGUCACAGUUUCUCAAGGCGAAGCAUGCUGAGCUGGUCAACAGCCGCACGAGCCGCCGGACUAGCAGGAAAGGCGCGUCGUCGAAGGAAACGAAAUCGCCCUGCGGGUUUAAGAGUAUGAUGUACCCUCUGUUGAAGAGGAACUGUGGAGGGAGUGGACAAGACCGAAAGGAAGGAGUGCCGUCACAGCAAGAGCGGUGGGAGGGUGCGUGGAGGAAGAUUGUGGGGUGA